GGCAUUGCCUCAGAUCACCAGGCCUCUCACUGGACCCCAGAGUUACCAACCUCCCAGGAUGUGGCUCUGUGCUUUGGUCCUGAUCUCUUUCACUGGUUGCUCGACUCUGGGACACCCCUCCUCACCACCCAUGGUGGACACCAUACAUGGCAAAGUUCUGGGGAAGUACGUCAGCCUAGAAGGAUUCCCGCAGCCCGUGGCCGUCUUCCUGGGAGUCCCCUUUGCCAAGCCCCCUCUUGGAUCCCUGAGGUUUGCUCCGCCACAGCCUGCAGAGCCCUGGAGCUUUGUAAAGAACACCACCUCCUACCCUCCCAUGUGCUCCCAAGACCCACAGGCAGCACAGAUAGUCGCAGAGUUCUUUACCAACAGAAAGGAGACCAUUCCGCAAACGCUUUCUGAAGACUGUCUCUACCUAAAUAUUUACACUCCCGCCGACUUGACAAAGAGCAGCAGGCUGCCGGUGAUGGUGUGGAUCCAUGGAGGUGGACUCGUAAUAGAUGGAGCAUCAAUCUAUGAUGGACUGCCCCUCGCCACCCAUGAAAAUGUGGUUGUAGUGAUCAUUCAGUAUCGCCUGGGAAUCUGGGGAUUCUUCAGCACAGGAGAUGAACAUAGCCGGGGCAACUGGGGUCACUUGGACCAGGUGGCUGCACUGCGCUGGGUCCAGGACAACGUUGCCAACUUUGGGGGUGACCCAGGAUCUGUGACCAUCUUUGGAGAGUCAGCAGGAGGGUUCAGUGUCUCUGUUCUUGUGUUGAGCCCACUGGCCAAGAACCUUUUCCACAGGGCCAUCUCCCAGAGCAGUGUCAUCUUAAAUCCUUCUCUGUUUGGGAAAGAUGCUAGGCCCAUGGCUAAGAAAGUUGCUGCUCUUGCUGGCUGUAAAACCACCACAUCUGCUGUCAUGGUUCACUGCCUGCGCCAGAAGACGGAGGACGAGCUCUUGGAGGUCACACUGAAAAUGAAAUUUGCAACUAUUGAUUUUCUUGGAGACCCCAGAGAGAGCUAUCCCUACCUCCCUACCGUGAUUGAUGGAGUGGUGCUGACAAAGGCACCAGAAGAGAUCCUGGCUGAGAAGAGUUUCAACACUGUCCCCUACAUGGUGGGCUUCAACAAGCAAGAGUUUGGCUGGACCAUUCCCAUGUUUAUGGGCUUCCCACUCUCUGAAGAUGAACUGGACCAGAAAACAGCUGCAUCCAUCCUGUGGCGGGCCCAGGCCAUUCUUAACAUCUCUGAGAAUCUGAUUCCAGCAGUUACUGAGAAAUAUUUAGGAGGAACAGACGAUCCUGUUAAAAAGAAAGACCGGUUCCUGGACUUGCUUGGAGACAUCACGUUUGGUGUCCCAUCUGUAAUUGUGUCCCGUAGUCACAGAGAUGCUGGAGCUCCAACCUACAUGUAUGAAUACCAGUAUUCCCCAAGCUUUGCAUCAGCCAAGAGACCCAAGAAGGUGAUAGGAGACCAUGCAGAUGAUAUCUUCUCAGUUUGGGGAGCCCCGUUUUUAAAAGGGGGUGCUUCAGAAGAGGAGAUGAAUCUCAGCAAGAUGGUGAUGAAAUUCUGGGCCAACUUUGCUCGGAGUGGGAACCCUAAUGGUGAAGGACUGCCUCAUUGGCCAGAAUACAACCAGAAGGAAGGCUAUCUGCAGAUUGGAGUCCCAACACAGGCAUCUCAGAGACUGAAAGAUGAGGAAGUGGCUUUUUGGACUGAGCUCAGCACCAAGGAGGCAGUGGAGAAGCCAACCCAAAGGGAACAUGUUGAGCUCUGAUCAGGAGCCCAGGCAGGUUUGAAAGACUGGAGCCAGGAAAGGGGUAUAUACUCCACAGAUGUUGUUUCCAAAAUAAAAUAUUUUAUUUUUGA